AUGCAGCACCGACACAACCACAUUCUCACCCUCAUCUGCCGGGGGAUGGACCGGGUCCUCGACCGGGCCCGGGCGACGCUGGAGCGGACCCAGACAUCGAUCCGGGAGAUCUUCGGCUGCCGAAUGCCCGGUCAGCGGACGCGGAAACGACCCCUGGGACGGCUGCAGCCGGAAACGGAGCGGCGGUACGUGCGGUACUGGAAACAGUUUCUGUGCUUCCUCAUCCGGGCCAUUUGCCUCUCGCGCGAGGAUCGGAAACGUCUACUCGGGGUCCAUCUGGAUAAGGAGCAAGAGCGCACGCUUGAAAUCCUGUGGGGGACUCUCAACCGCUAUCUGGAAUGCCCCGACCUGGACGUCUGGACGGACGAUGACAAUCCCUUCCAGGCCCAGCUUCAGCUCCCUGGCCGGCGACGACGGCUAGCCGAUCGACUGAACACAGGUAGUGAGCAGGGACAACCGCCGUGCGAAUCCCGCGAGGCCACAACCACUCCUCAACCUGAGGCCCACCCACCAUCCCUGGGGUCCUCGCGGCGGUAUACUAAGCGCCCCCGCUCCAUGCAGCGCCACCGGUCCUGCAGUCAUGAGUCUGAUAACUCUCUGAGCCUGCACUCCAGUCGCCCGGCCCGCCAGCAACGCAACUGCAAACAACCCCGGUUAGACUGUCCCCUCAGGGCGGAGCCACCGGUCCUCCAGAGAGCUGUGGCGGUCUGUAUCCCCAUCUACUCAAGCAUCCAAUCCCCCGCCCCGGAUUCCACAUGGACCUCCAGUGUCCCCAAAUCAGAUUCGGACCCUGUUGUGUUGCAUAGCUCCCCCGGAAUCAAUAGCGACAAUUCCAGCACCGAGGUCGCAGAGGCCACCACGGAUGAGACAGGGAGUGUCUAUUCUGACAGCCAUGGGAGUGAUACGGAGGACGAUGAGCAGGAGGCGGCGGAGGAGCUAGAAGAUAACAUGGUGGAUGAUGAGGAGGAGGAUGAGGACGAGGAUGAGGACGAGGACGGGUCCUCCCUAGACCCCGAUGAGCCACUGCGAGGUUCUGAAGAACUAGAUAGCAGAUCCGACCCUUGCUGGGGGGAGGCCGCCCCUGAGCAUCCCCUCCCUGGUCAGUUCCCAGCCUUACCGGCGGCCGCUGAGGAAUGGAUCAGCGAGGUACUCGUCUCCCUCUGCAUCAGUUGCCUGACGACCGAUGCUAUCUACCGGUGUGGGGACAAGUUUUACUCCUCCCUGGUGGCCUUUGCCGCGGUGCUGGGGAUCCGGCCCCAAAAUUGCAGUUUCUAUGAACCAUACUACUACACCACAAAGCUAGCUGGUAUCGCCUGGGUUGCCCGGCUUCUCCUGCUGGAAUAUGCAUUGCCAAUCCGCCGCUACCGCUUUAUUAGUGAUGUCCCGAGCCGGGACUCAUACCGCUUCCACGUCAGACGUGCCCAGGAGAUCCAGGGGAUCUACGGCGCCUGGGACACAUUCUUCCCCCUAAAUGAUAUCCUUGCCAUGUUAGUGACGGUCUACCAUCAUCAGCUGCCGGACAGCGGGCUGCCUCUCGCCCGGCUGCGCCAAUGGGUCCAGCAGGUCAUUGAAUCAGCCACAACCCUGCUGGAGCACAACCUCCUUCUCGGCCACCGGUCCCCGGUGGAUGUGCGAUCGCUGGUAGACAACCCAGUGGAGUGUCGAAGCGGGUUCUCCUUCCUGGACGUGCCCGUCAACCGGCUCCGGGCCACAGCGGCACCAAUCCUGGGCCUGACGGAGAACCCCCCUGCGGGUGUGGCCCCGCUGCGCCGCCACGGGCAGUGGGACCCACCAUCCGUCCGGCGCUAUCAGCAAUCCGUGCGGAUGUUCCUGCACCAGCUCAUGCUUGCCAUCCAGCUCUCCUGGGGGCAGCCCAGUCGGGGCAGUGAGCUUAUGACAGUGAAAUGGCGGAAGACCGCCGCUGCCCCACGGAAUCUGUACAUCCAUGAGGGGGAGAUGGUGAUCAUCACACAUGAUCAUGAAGCCUGGGGCCGCACAGCGCGGCAACACAUCUGCGCCCGAUUCCUUCCCCCAUCAGUCAGCCGGCUAGUGCUCCUGUAUCUGCUGCAUGUGCGCCCAUUCAUGGCAACGCUGGUCCCUUGGAUCGCCCCCACACAGUUACGCAAGGCACUCAGCUCCUGCGAUCUCUUCACCGCACCAGGAUUCAAAUCCCCAAGCAAUGCAAGACGUGGGCCGUAUGGGCGGCUGCUACAGCAGAGCAGCCGGGAGUUCUUUGGUCACUUCACCUUGAAAGCUCUGACCUACCGCCAUCUACUUAUUGCAAUCACCAAGAAGCAUCUGAAGGCAAAGGCAACAGUGGUGGACCUGCGCUCUGCCGCGGAGAACUUGGAUAGCAUCUUUGCGGCCCAGGCCGGCCACAGUGGAUCCGUCAACCGCCACAUCUACGGUGUGGAGGAGUCCCAGCCCCUUCAGCCCCUUCAGCCCCUGCCGGAAAUGCUGCAUCUAUAUCAAUAUGCCUCCCAUCAGUGGCACCAGUUCAUCCUGGCACCGGUGGAGGAUCCACGCCCGGCCCCAGUCUCUGGAUCGCCAUCCAUGUCCAGUCCUGGGCCUGAGCAGCCGCCCAUGCUGCCGGACCACACACCGCAGCAGGGGGUCCACCGGCGCCAAUUGCUCCCGUGGGAUUUCUUCCGUUUCUACCCGCGGUGGCAUCUACUGCUCUGCAGUCGGUGCCACCGAGCAGUGACGCGGACCUCUGCCCAGGAUCACCUCCAGGCCCAUUGCACGCUUGGCAUCACCCCAGCGCAUGAGGUGAUGCUCCUUAACACUCUGGACCUACAUAAUCUGCAGGAUAUCCACCCUGUGCUUUAG